GAAGAAGCUCAGAGUCUGGAGUCUUAAGAAGUGCAGGUCCCCCAGAGAGGAGGCAGUUCUGGCUACACACGAGGACUGAGCCGGCCACCCUCCUCGUCCCAGGACCAAGCCGCCUGAAGGCAAGAUGUCCCAGCUGUCUGUCAAGGAACAUCUGGAUGGGAUUCUCUCUGACUUUGAAGCCCUCAAGAGGUCCUUUGAUAUGGAAGAUGCUGAAGAAGUGCCGGCUUUCCCACCUUCCUCCCCACCUAGGUCAGCCCUCGGCCCAAGCCCACCUGGUGUCAUCCACUCCACAGGCAACGGAGAAGGGAAAAGGUUGGGGGCCCCUAUCCAGCCCAUGUACCAAGCCCACAUCAGCCUGAGCUCCAGCCCCAGCCCAGCCCACAGCCCCAUUCUCAAAUCAAGAAUCGGGAGUAGCCUCUCUUUCAACAGAGGCACCACCCACCUGCCUCGGGCCAAUGGGACCAACCUCAACAGGGUCUCGUCCUUCCAAACUCGGCUAAACCCCAACGGGCUCUCCUCGUCCUUGGGGCCAGAAAGCGACAAUGAGAGCCUCCACAGCUCUUCCUCCAGCUUGGAGUGCCCUGUGGCCUCUAAAGGCCCCCGGAGCAGCAUCCAGCAAUCCGACUCUCUGGGAAUCGGGGCCUCCCACCUCCCUAGUCCCAUCCUAAAGAAGUUCUCCUCUUAUGGCAAUGUCUUCCACGCCGAGGUGGGCCGACCCAUCCGGCAGGUCUCCAAGGCCACCGCCAACCACAGCUCGUUGCCGUCGCUCGACCUGCACAUUGCCGAAGACCAGGGACCCAGCCCGACGCUCUGCUCCACGCCAAACAUGGACCCUGCCAUCCUUCGGAGCUCUGGCAAACACAACUGCAUGUCCCCACCGCCGAAGAACAGCCUUCUGAUGAGAAAGGAGCCCUCCAUUUCUCCCUUGGAGGUAAGCCAGUUGGCAACUGGGAGCCCUCCUGGUGUGGUCUCCAGGCAGACAACGAAGUUGCAGAAAUUUCCCAUCAGCCUGGAUGGGUUGAUUGGAAAGACUCCGGAGAGUAUCGUCCCAGCAGUGGUGACUGACUCUAGGCCCAGACCGUUAUCUAAGGCACAGCUUCAGGUGAGUCUUGGCACCAGCCCCGGACUGUCCCACCAACCCCAAGAAGUAGCCGGGGAGGAUAAAGCUGUCGUCAAGGACAGUGUUUCCCUGUCGCCAUCUUCUGGAACAGUUUCAGGGAUAGGAGGCAGCGAGGGUUUGGCAGCACCGCCUCAGGCUGCUUCCUUCCGGCUGGUGUCAGAGCCUCGGAUAGCACAGGUCACUUCUCAGCCCUCCUCUCUCGGGUACCAAGCGGCGGUGCCUCCGCAAGGUAUCCCAGCUGUACCCAUCCUGAGAGAAAGCAGCGGGGUCCUGGCUGAGAGGAUCGACUCAACUUUCUCCCAAGAGGCCUCCAAGCUUCAGACUCUGCCGUCGUCUUCUUGCACAAGGGAAGGUCUCCUUGUGGGAACAAACAGGCCUCCAGAAGUGUCCCUGGAGAAGCAGGAUUUACAGGACAUAUUGAAGGAAGUUCAGAAGCUGAGCUAUGUAGCCUAG